GCAGAUCAGUUGACUUCUUACAGCCUAACAUCCAUCAUCAACAGACUAACCAACAAUGACCAAAUACAUCUCUGCACUCAAUGUGUCCCUUGAUAAAGCUGAGGAGCAACAGCUCCAAGCACAAGGCUUCAAGAAAAUCAAUACUGAUCUGAACAAAGGAGCAGGAGGAAACCACAUCUUUAUUUGGAACAAAAAAGAAUCCUGCCCUGCACCAGUCACCAGGGUUCAGUUCUCAUUCGUCCAUGAGAUGGAGGAUGGAUUGAUCAAUGCAGGGUACAUAAAGAUCCCGAAAAAUCUCAAUGCUGGAACCAAAGGUAACGAAAUCUACCUUUGGUACUUUCAAGGGCACACAAAGUAUGAUAUUCCCAUAGUGGAGAUUGAUGUCACCACGAGUGCAGCAAAUGAGGCCCCCAAGUAUGGCCUUGGCUGGGAGAGACUGGCCCUUGAUCUGAACCGCAGAAAUGAUGGUGACUGGAUCCACAUCUGGGUGAAGAGAGAGAAGCAAACCUACAUCUGUGAUGUCGAUGCAACUGUUGGAUUUGGAUCAGAUGGCGACUACUUUGAGAGCGGUUACAUCCGCUUGGAUGAAGAUACUAACAGAGGUGCAGGAGGAGCCUAUGUCUUCAUCUGGUACCGUAUGAGCACCGAUCCCAAGGUUGCACUCAGUGAUCUGAAAGUCUCCACGAAUGCCAGCGAGUAUCAGCUCUAUCAGCAGCAAAAUUACCAGCCAGUGAGUGUUAACCUCAAUGAGGGUACCGGAGGUAACCAGGUGUACAUGUGGUACAAAAAACAGGUAUGCCCCAAUCCCAUCCAGGACCUGAUUCUGCUCCUGAACAUGUGUGCAGUUCCAGUCUAUGAGAAGGCUGGAAUCACUGUUAUCAAAAGAAAUCUCAACUCAGGCAAUAAAGGCUGCCGUGAGUACCUGUGUUUGUAUCAGUGAAAGCCAUAUUCAUGGUAGCAGAGCUAAGAAUUCUCAACACUCAUUGAAGUGAAGAGCAAAGACCAAUAUUAAAUCAUUUUGGUGAUGGUCUGUUUAACAUUUUUUUCUUUUUUCCAUAUAAAACAAUAUGAUUAAUUAGCAGUGCUGACACAUCAGAAAGUAUCAUUCGUGUAUGGGUUUUAAUGUUUGACUUGCUGAUGUAAUCAAAGAAUGAAACUGAAAGUUAAGACAAAAUGGUGAGUUUUAGGUUGGGAUUUAAAGGCAUUAGCUGUGUGACACCAGCUUUGAAUUUAUUUUGACACUGCAAUUCGACAGAGCACAGUCCAACAAUGUUAUUUGGUGAUGGCUGCUAACUUUUUUCUUUUUCUGUAUUAAACAAUGUGAUUUAUUAUAUUACAGUAAUAAUAGAAGUCAUUUUAUAAAGUAUGGUGGUGGAGGAAAAAAUGGUUUAUGAGUUCUACUGUUAAACUUGAUGUCAUUGAAAUCCCUCAAUUUCAAAUGGUUGUUUUUCCAUUAUGUUAAUGAAUGAUUCCACAACAAUGAUUAAAUAUUGUAUGUAUCCCUUUAACUUGGAUAUUUCCUACUUUUCAAUAAAGACAACUUUGCAUUUGAAA